AUGGCGGCGGCUGUGGCGGCCGGAGGAGGAGGCGGCUGCGGCGGCGGCGGCGUCCGGGGCAGCCUCUCCAUGGGCCCCGUCGCGGCUGCUGCCCCCACCCCGCCGGCGCCGCCCCCGGAGCGCUUCUCGCUGGUGGUGGUCUUCGGCGCCGGGGGUGGCCGUCCGGGGCUGCGCAGGGCGGUGCUGGCGGCCGUCAGAGCCGGGAUCCGUUCUUGGGAUAUCGACCUGACCGCCUGCAACCUUGACCAGCAGCUCAAGCUCUUUGUCUCCCGCCACUCUGCGACUUUUUCGGCUCUGGUGAAAGGUCAGCGUGCCCUCCACCAUCGUGGGGAAGUGCUGGAGACCUUAGUGCUGCUGAACCCUUCGGACAAAUCCAUCUGUGAUGAGCUCCGCAACCUGAUCACCGACCCUUCGCGCCACAAGCUGCUGAUCUUUGCGGGGCCCUGCAUUGAGGAGACGGGGGAGCUGGUGCUGCAGCUGGGCUCCUUCUCCCUGAGGGACUUCAUCCAGGUCUUUGCGGAUAAAGAGGUGGGCCCCGGCCUCACCCGGGCGCCGGGCGGGGCCAGCCUGACCGUGAUCUGCCCGGACUUUGGGGAGUGGAAGGACCCCCGGCUCAGCCAGCACAACCUCCUGGACUUCAUCGACCUGCACUUCAACCCUGGCUGCGUCCUGCCCCCGAUGGAGGGCUUGCAGGAGUUCACGGAGUACCUCUCGGAGUCCCUGGAGCCCCCCUCCCCCUUCGACCUCCUGGAGCCCCCCAGCACGGUGGGCUUCCUGAAGCUCUCCAAGCCCUGCUGCUACAUCUUCCCUGGGGGGCGAGGCGACUCGGCCUUCUUCGCGGUCAACGGCUUCAACCUCCUGGUGAACGGGGGCUCCAACCCUCGCUCCUCCUUCUGGAAACUGGUGCGCCACCUGGACCGCAUCGACUCCGUCCUGGUGACCCACGUGGGGACCGACAGCCUGCCCGGCGUGAACAGCCUGCUCCAGCGGAAGCUGGCCGAGAUGGAGGAGGACCCUUCCUCCCGGGGCCCCCAGGGGGACGACUGGGGGAAGAACCUCAUCUCCCCAGAGCUGGGGGUGGUCUUCCUCAACGCCUCGGAGAAGCUGAGGGAGAUUGAGGGGGAUUCCGGCCUCUUGAAGAGCUGCGACGAGGCCAGCCUGACCCUGCGGUACCUGCACAAACUGGGCAUCCGGCCCAAGGCGCUUGCCAGGGAAGCCGCCCCCAGGACGGAGCCCACCAUCCUCUUCCAGAAGAUGGGCGUGGGGCGCCUGGAGAUGUACGUGCUGCACCCGCUGCCCCUGCAGUGCCUGACCUCCAUCUGCGCCCUCCUCGUCUGGCACCCGGUCAGCCCCACGGAGAAGAUCGUCCGGGUCUUGUUCCCCGGCUGCACCCCCCAGGCCAGGAUCUUGGAGGGGCUGGAGAAGGUCAAGCACCUGGAGUUCCUCAAGCACCCGGUGGUCACCCAGAAGGACGUGGACUCCCCCUCCCCCUCCCAAGCCAAGCACAAGGGGGCCGGGAGUCAGGAGAGCCUCAAGUCCGGCUCUCGGCUCAGCCUGACCGAAUCCAAGGAGAAGGAGCCGAAGCCGGCCAGGGACCGGCCCAGGGCGCCCAGCGAGGCCUCCAAGGGCAGCCUGGAGGAGGAGAAGGCCAGCGGGGCCCAGCCGAAGACGGAGCCCUCGGCGGAGAAGAGCAGGCAGGACGCCAGGCCCAAGCAGCCGAAGGAGAAGCCCCCGGGGGCCAGGAAAGAGGGGGGGAAGAAGGCGCUGCCGAAGGAAGAGGCUCCCCGGGAGAAGGACGGGGCCCGGAAAGAGGGGAGGCUGCCCAGGAGGGAGUCGGCCAAGAGGGAGGAGGCCAGGAAGGAGGGGAAGACGGAGGAGAAGGCAGCCAAGCCGCCCACCAGAGAGCUGCGGAGGAUGCCAAGCGCAGAGAUGAAGAGGCCGCCCACCAAAGCGGGCACUUCCAAAAAGACAGUCCCUGCUCCCAGGAAGGAGCCGGAGAGGCCGAGGAGCAAGUUGCUGAAGGAAGCCCCCCCCGGGAAGCCCCCCAGCGGCACCAGAGGCGGAGGGCCCUUGGAGGGCUCUAAGCCCCCCUCCUCAUCCUCAGAGAAGGACGCGCAGGAGAAGCUGCGCGGGGCCCCCCGCCAGGUGGGAAUGGCAGGGCAGGGGCCGGGUCAGCCUGUCGCCCCGGCCGAGAGCCAGCUGAGGCCUCCCCCGCUGGGCAGUGUGGACCGCCAAGGGAACGACCCGCGGCCCGCCCAGAACGGCUUGAGCACAGAGGGGGCCCCAGAGAGCCCUCAGACUUUCCGGCAUCUGGAAGCUGGCUCGCCUUUGAAGUGGAUCGGGCCCCCCUCUCCACUGGUCAAGACUCCCAAGGGGGACCAGAGCAUCCACCUGGAACUCUCACCGAGUGACCUUCAGCCCCGGCUCAACCACUGCCCAGAUGCGGAGGACGCCGGCGGCAGCUCUGAGGAAAAGACCCUGGAGAUGAUGUCCCCAGCCAGCACGGGGCGCACGCCUUCCCACCACUCCCCCAUGGAGGACGUGGCCAUGGAGGAGGAGCCCGUGGCUCUCGGCAAUCCCUGGAGGCCCGAUGGCGCCGUCCCUGGCCCCCGAGCCUCGCACGACAACUCCAGCUCUUCCCAAGAGAAGCCCCCCAGCUGCCUCUCCCCGAGCCUCUACCGGGAUGACCUCCACGACAUCUCCCCCACGCUCACCACCCCCUCGCUGCCCGCCGAAGUGGGCUCCCCCCACUCCACCGAGGUGGACGAGUCGCUCUCGAUCUCCUUCGAGCAGCUCCUUCCCCCCGUGAGCGAGUUCCCCCAGGAGGAAGGAGAGGGCAUGCAGGCUGGAGGGCUCACCCCAGACCCCGAGCCCGCCUUAGGGAAGAGCGGCAUGUCCCUGCCCAUCCUCUCCUGCCACCCCCAGCGCCUGGAUGGCCGCGUCCUGCCCAGAUCCGGCCAGCGGUCGGAUUCCCCGCACGACGUGGAUGUCUGCCUGGUGUCCCCUUGUGAGUUUGAGCACCCCAAGUCGGACAGGUCGCCAUCAGCCAACUUCAGCCCCCGGGACAUGUCCAACAGCAGCGACUUCUCCCAGGAGCUGGCCAAGCCCCCCUCGCACAGGAAGGGCCCCCGAGCCCGCCGGCCCCACCCUCUGCUGGACGAGACCCCGCCGACGUCCUUCAGUGAAUCGCUCCCCACCCUCUCCGACUCAGAUGCCCCGCCUGCCAUGGAGGAGUGCCCUUCCCUCACGGCCGAUGGCGGGCUGGACUCGGACGAUGACACAGAGAGCCUAGCCCAGGCCGCCGACCCACUCCCGGCUGUCCUGAAAGACCCCUGCCCGCUCCCUGCCCAGCCUGGCAUCUGCAUGGUGGACCCCGAGAGAGAAGGGGCCACCAAAGCCAAGCGGGCCCCGUCGCGGGGGGCUUCGGCCCCUCCCAAAGCAGAUGCCCUCAAAGCCGCCGCUUCCAACGCCCGGGUGAAGCCUUCCUCAGCCAGCCUGGGGGAGAGGACCCGGCUGCCGGCCCCCGGCAGAAGCGACCCCCCAAACUCUCGUGCCAGCGGGGACAACCGGCUGGCCUUUGCCCAACGGAACCCAAAUGCCCGGCUUCUCCCGGGGGGAGGAAGAUCAACCCCAGCAGGGGCCCGUCCCGGCCUGCCCCGCUGCCCAGUGUACCUGGAGCUGGCCUACCUGCCGGGCUCGGCCAGCGCCCAGAAGGUGGACGAGGACUUCUUCCGCUGCGUCCGCUCCCAGUGCUACGUCAUCAGCGGGGAGGACCACCUGAAGGAGAGCGUCCUGCGCGGCAUCCUGGACGCCCUGCUCUCGGGGAAGCAGCACUGGGACCACGACACCCAGGUGACCCUCAUCCCGACCUUCGACUCGCUGGUCAUGCACGAGUGGUACGCGGAGACGCUGGAGCGCCAGCAGGAGCUGGGCGUGACCGUCCUGGGCAGCAACAGCACCGUGGCCAUGCAGGACGAGACCUUCCCCGCCUGCAAAGUGGAGUUCUGA